AUGUCCACACGCAAAAAACCCACACAACAAGAAAAACGAAAGCGAAACACCGAAGAAGAGGUAACAACGGCCUUGAAUGGAGAGACCUCACAGAAGAAAACAAAAACUGUUGCUCCUAAUCAGGGUAUCAAUGGUGUUGGAGCCUAUCAAAUACCAAAGAUGAGGCCCGGAAGCAUUUAUAGAAUUAAACUGCAAAACUUUAUGACUUAUGAUGAUUGUGAGUUCUUCCCUGGACCGGGAUUAAAUCUUGUUCUCGGACCGAACGGAACAGGCAAAAGUUCAAUUGUUAGCGCUAUUUGUGUCGGAUUAGCAGGAAGUACAAAAUUAUUAGGCCGUGCAUCUAAAGUUGCAGAUUAUAUCAAGCACGGGAAAGAUAAAGCUUUUAUUGAAAUCGAGCUUUUUACCAACGAUAAGAGAAACGUCACAAUCAAAAGAACUUUUGUAAAGAAAGAGGGCAAAGAGACAUCUACUUGGAAAAUUAACGGAAACAAAAAAUCUAUGGAACAAGUUAAGCAAAUAAUUGAUGAUUUGAAUAUUCAACUCGAUAACCUGACACAAUUUCUUCCUCAAGAGAGAGUCAGCGAAUUUGCAGGAUUAACCCCAGUAGAAAGAUUACAGCAAACUCAAGAAGCAGUUCUUCCUCCGGAAGUCAUUAAAUAUCAGGAAAGUUUAAUCAAAGAACAGGAAGAUUUUAAAAAGAAUGCCCACACAAUAGACUCCCUUCAAUCGACAAUUGAUACAUUGAAAAAGAAAAAUAGCCAAACCGAAAAAGAAGUUGAAAAGUAUAAGCAAAGACAGGAAUAUCUCAAAAAAGUAGAGCUUUGUACAAUCAAGCUUCCAAUUGCAAGAUUUAAACAGAUGCAAACUAGAGGUAAAGCUCUUAGAGAAGAAAUACAGCAGAAGAAGCAAGAGUAUGAAGUGCUUCAAAACAAAAACGGUCCUCUUAAAGAUGAGAUUGAUCUGUUGCAACAACAACAUCAAAAACUAGAAAACGAACAAAAAAAAGAUAAGGAAAAGAUUAAUUCUUUGAAACCGCAAUUUGAAGAAAUCGCCAAAAAGAUUGAACAUUCAUCGGCCAAGAUUGAACAAUUUUUACAAGAAAUUACCUCAGCUAAGCAAAAGUCUGAACAAAGAAAACAUCAUAUCCAAAAGUUAGAUCAACAAAUCAACCAAUUUCAACAAAGACUCAGCACCUUCAAUACUGAAUCAGCCAAAACUACCAUCGCACAAAAGUUGAGAGAGCUUGCUAACAUUAACGAAGAAAUGAGCAAAAUUACAGAUCGAAGAUUGGAGCUUGGAAGAAUUUUGGAUGCAAAGAAGCAAGAUAUAGAAGAGGUUAAACAAAAAAUUCAAAAACUCGACAAUGAAAAGCAUCAGCGUUUGAAAAGGCUUGGGGGCAAAUAUCCUUCCGUUGUUAAAACUUAUGAAUGGUAUCGAAACAAUUUAAGAGACUUUAACAAACCUGUCUACCUGGUUCCUUUAGAGAUAUCUGUUCUUGAGAGCGUUUUUGCAGACUAUCUCGAGAUGCAUUUACCAGAAUAUGUCUUUAGAUCAUUUGUAUGCGAGGACUCUGAAGACAGAAGUAGGCUCACUCAAUAUGUUGAGGAGUGCAAGUACAAUAUAACUAUUAUUGAUCGUGCACCAGAUGCCUAUACACCACAACGAUUGGUUCCUCAAGAAAGGCUAAAACAUUACGGAAUGUUACACUAUUUAGAUCAAACGUUUGAGGCUCCAGAUGUCAUUAAGAUGGUUUUAAAGGAAAUUGCCAGAAUUGACAUUGUUGCUGUUGGUGGUGCCAAUGCUAAAAUUGAGGCCUUCCUAACAGAAACUCCAAUUAAGUGUGCUUUCGUUCCAGGGCAGCAAUAUCUUAUGAGAUCAUCUCAUUAUUCAUCAAACACUUCCACCAGAGUGCUUGACAUAACAAAGGCAAAAGUGUUUACAGCUGUUGAUCUCACCGAAAAAGAAAGUCUCAAUAAGGAGCUUCAAGUACUCGUGUCAGAGAAGCAAAACAUUGACAAAGAGUUGAAUGAGGCAAAAGAACAAGAACGUAAUUAUCAAACAAAGAAAGAAACUUUGGAAUCUCAAAGAAAGGAAGCAGAGAAGAAACUCAAAGAAUAUGAUUCCCUUCAAAAACAAAUAGCUAACUAUGAAAAACAAAAAAGGGAUAUACUCAAAGUUGCAGACAAUGUUGAAGAGACUGAAAGAAAAUGCAAUCAAAAAAUUAAGGAAGAGAAGAUUUCACAAAUCGCGUUGCACAUUCAAUUGAAAGAUUGUUGUAAGAAAUUUAAUGACUUGAUGAUCAAGAAUGACAAGCGUCCACUAUCUGCAUUAUCUCUAAAGAAAGAACUCGAAGAAAAAAGAGUUCAGUUAGUUGAGGCAGAACGACGUACUAAAGAGCUGGAAAUGAACAUCAAAAUAUUAGAAUCUGAGUUCAGUUCGAUCAAGAGCACUUUAAAUGAAAUUAAACAAGAUAUGGAAGAGCGUAUUAAUAGAUACGGCCAAAAGAAUGGCCUUGACGAACAACAGGUACGAGAUCUUCUUACUGUCUUUCCUGAAAGUGAAGAAGAGUUGCGAACUGAAAUUCAGCACUAUCAAGACGAGGCUGAAAAAAUUGUGGCAGAUGAAGCAUCUAUUGUUGAAUAUGAGAGAAGAAAGAAAGAAAUUGAAGAAAAAGAACUUCAACUUCAAAACUUGAAGGAUAGAGUAGCCAACAUUUCCAACACGGUAAAUGAGUUAAAAGAAAAAUGGCUAAAACCUCUCAAAACAUGUGUCGACAAGAUUAACGAAACAUUUAUGGAGUAUUGUAAACACAUUGGAAUUUCUGGCGAGGUUUGUUUAACCGGUAACGAUGAAGAUUUUAGAUCUUGGGAGAUCGAUAUCAGGGUCAAGUUUAGAGACUCAGAAAAGUUGUGUUCGCUUUCCGCACAAAGACAAUCUGGAGGUGAAAGAAGUGUCACUACCAUUCUUUACCUUCUUUCUCUUCAACAGCUCAACAAGGCUCCAUUCAGAGUGGUCGAUGAAAUCAAUCAAGGAAUGGACUCUGUAAAUGAAAGAAAGAUAUUUUACCAAAUGUUAGAUUCAAGCCAGGGAGAAGAUAUUCCACAAUCCUUCUUGAUAACACCAAAGUUACUACCUAAUUUAGUUCCUAACAAUGCCAACAACCUAACCAUUUUAUUUAUUUUCAAUGGACCUGUAAAUAUUUCCCAAGAUCUUGUAGCCAAAUAUUUCUCCAAAUUCGACAAGUCACUUGAGUGUAAGAAAGAACCUGGAACAGCAAGUGCCUUCAAUCACAAUGCCAGCGACAGUGAAAGUGACGAAGAAUAA